CCAAAAAAGAAACUGUUGGGACGCAAAAAGGCUGCGUAGGGCGGUGUAACUGUGUAAGCAUAACUGCCAAUGGAACUUGCGAAUUAGAGAUCCGAUCAACUGUUUAAUUUAAUUUUUUAUUCUGUCCAAAACAUUGUAAUUGCAGAAAUUCUGAUUUUACUUCCACUAUCAAUUGUUUGAAACUGUGGAUUCUUUUCAAUUCUGCAAUCCCCUUUUCCCAAUUCCAUUCCCCAAAUUCAGUGGCAUAACUUUUUCUGGCAGUAAACUUUUAAUGAAGUUUCUUUCCUUUUUUGUACAUAGCUUCCUUCCCACAAUUCUAGAACAAAAGGGGUGUUACAAUGAGCACUGAAAUUGCUGAACAUGAUGGCCGUGUUGUUGAUCUUGAAGGUGGUGUUGUUUCAUCAUCCAGUGGGAAUGUGAUGGGAGAUCUGGUUGAUGUUUACAGCACAAUGCUCACAAACCUUGAUUUGGGUUUGGCUUGUUUCUCUGAGAAAGUUUUCAACUUGAGCAAUUUUUUGAUGCAUGUGGAAACCAUGGAGUGUGAGUUUGAGGCCUUGGAGAAAGAGGAUCACAUUGGUUAUUUGGAAAAGGGCCUGGAGUUUGAUCUGUUGUCUGGGGUGUUUGAUUCAGAGGUGAGGGAGUUGGAGGGAGUGUUGGACACCCUUCAAGGUGGGGUUGGUGAGGCUAGAGACUGGGUGAGUUCUUGCACUCAUUUGGGAGAGGCUUUUGUGGCAAUGCAAGAGAAGUUGGUUGGUUAUGAACAACGGUUGAAGCAGUCUGAAGAGGAGUUUAAUGACAUUAAGAUGCAGUCAGUCAGUUUUCAGAGGACUUUGCCUUCCUUAAAGAAGGAAGAAAAUGGUAAUGAUGAUGCAAGUGAAAUCAUCACAGAGGAUGAUAAAUCUUUGAGUGCAAAUGCAGAGAUAAGACUGCAAACAGUUGAGCAACAAAGACAUAUUCUGAGAAUGCUAGAGAAGUCGUUGGCAAGAGAAAUGGAUCUUGAGAAGGAUAUAAAUGAUUCGAGAGAAAUUCAAGAAAAUCUAAGACUAAGGAUGUUCUUUUCAGAGCAAGAGCUUGAUAACAUGGAGGAAGAAGCAAUUGAUGUUUGGGAAAGAUGGCUUGAGGCAGACAAUACAAGUGAGAUUCUGUUGGGAAUUUCGCAAGGCCUUUUAGGUAGACUCCACAUUUCUCAGUUCAGUUUGAAUGGUCUAAGUCACCGUGAAUCUGAGCUUCGAGCUAAUCUAAAAGAUGCAGAAGAUAAACUAACCUUUUCCAAUUCUGAGGCCUCUGCUUUAAGUAAUAAGGUCUCUUCACUUGAAAAGCAACUAAAAGAAUCUGAAUUUCAGCUACUGAAUGCAAAGGCCUCUGCUGAUGAAUAUCAGAAGCAGUACAAUGUUCAAUGUUCUGAAGCAAGAGACAUGGGGAAUAUUAUUGUUGAACUGAAAGAAGCUGUAUCUAAUGCAGAAAGUAGGGCUAUUAGUGCAGACUCUAAGUGUCAGUUAUUGACGGAGACUAAUUCAAAACUCGAUGAGGAGCUGGCUCUUUUGAGAGGUGCAACCACGAGAGCAGAAUUGCUAGAGAGGAAGCUGAAAGAAUCUAAUCUACGAUUGCAGAAAACGGUAGCAUCUGCUAAAGCUAGUCAGGAGAAACAAAGUAAUUUGUAUUCCACAAUUAGAGAUAUGGAAAAUGUGAUAAAGGAUCUUAAGUCAAAGGUUUCUAAAGCUGAGGGUAGGGCUGACAGUGCAGAGGAUAAUUGUAUCAUAUUGUCUGAAUCUAAUGCUGAGUUGAAUGAGGAACUCAGCUUUUUGCAGAGUAGAUUGGAAAGCCUGGAGGGCUCCCUUCAGCGAGAGGAGGAAGUGAAAAUGGCAACUGUAGAGGACAUUGGAAAGCAAGCCAAAGUGUUUAAAAAAUUGGUAACACAGCUGGCUGUUGAGAGAGAGCGUCUUAAGCAGCAGAUAUCUUCCCUAGCAAGAGAGAACAAAAUUUUGGUAUUGAAGUUAAAGCAAACAUGUUAAGGAUCCCUCAUAAGAAGCUAGUGAGACUUCAGCCACUGACCAUGAGACAAGGUGUGGCGGCACUGGAGUGGAUUGUUCAAACUUCAAAAGACAAGGUGUGGCGGCACUGGAGUGGAUUGCCAAUGUUUGAGCAGUUCACAUGGUAGAGGAUGUCGUCAUUUGUGAAGUCGAAGACUGAGUCCACAACUCUAUUCUGUAACUUUCCAACAACUCCUUUCACUAUGGUUGAAUAAAUCGAAAAUGUUUUUUUUUUUCUGAAGCAACCAUGUGAAGAAAAAUGGUCCAAAGAAGGCAUUUACUAGAGUGUGAGCUUUGAUUUCUAGUUUUUAUUGAAGAAAAAUGUUACC